UAAUACGCUGGUAACCGCCGAUACAGGCAGACGUUACGUUAUAUACCGCCCUAGGCCAAGGUCAUCUGACGUCACCAGUGCAGCGGUCAUGGGGCGAUUCCGAGCGAGGAAGCAGAAGAAGAUGGCCGAAACGCCCACGCGGUACUACUGCAACUACUGCCAGGACGAGCUGAAGGCGUUCAGCGUGCGAUGUUGCGAGUGUACGGACUUCGACCUUUGUUUACAGUGUUUUUCUGCUGGUGCCGAGCUAGGGUCCCAUCAAAGAGACCAUGACUAUCAAAUUAUUGACAAUGCACUUCUAGCCUGUGGGGACAAAGAAUGGAGUAUGACAGAAGAGUAUUUAUUACUAGAUGCAAUAGAAACGUUUGGCUUUGGGAACUGGGCUGAUGUCGCCAGUCACAUCGGCUCCAAGUCCCCCGCAGAAGCCAGGGAGCACUAUGACAGCAAUUACAUACAUGGCAACCUGGGCAGAGCUGCUGUCCCAGAAAAGCCUUCCUUUAAAGUACAAGACCACACAGGACCAGAAGAUGGUCCUCUGUCACCUAGUCUCAGAGCCACAUUUAGUCCAGUAGAAAUGACGUUAGCUGACCAGCAGGAGUUGGGUUACAUGCCCCUCAGAGAUGACUUUGAGAGGGAGCAUGACAACGAUGCUGAGACACUAGUUAGUAAUUUAGCUGUAACAAAUGAAGAUGAUGAUCUUGAUAUCACUUUAAAACUUAUUCAUGUCGAAAUCUACACAAGCCGCCUCAAAGAACGGCAGAGAAGGAAGAAGAUAGCUCGAGAUUUUGGCAUCAUCACAGCAGCAUUGUCUUCAACAGCCACUAAAGCUAAGGAUCAGAAGGACCAAAAGUCAGCCUCCACACAAGCAGCACCUAAGAGGAGGCCUAGUAAGGAAGAAACUGAGUUGAAAGAGAAGAUGAGGGCGUUGGCUCAGUUCAUGACAGGCAAGGAGCAAGACGAGUUCUUUGAGAAUCUACAUGAGGAAAAAGAAAUUAGGGCGAGAAUUAAAGAGCUGAUCAAGUACAGAAGAAAUGGCAUCACGAAAUUAGAGGAAAUCUCCGAGUACGAGGAAGCCAAGUGCAAGAGGGACAGGCGGAAGGAAGGAAAGAAGAAGAUUGUGGACAAGAGCAAACGAAGUGGGGUCAUAUCUGCCAAGAAGACUGAACCAAAAGAAGAACCCAAGAAAGAUGAUCGCGAGAUUGUAGAAGAUGAAUUCCAAGCAAUAAAGGCAUCGCCAGGCUUCAGCUAUCUAUCUGACAGAGAGAAGAGGCUCUGUAGUUCCAUGAAAAUGAAACCAGCCCGAUAUAUCACGCUCAAAACAGUAAUCAUCAGGGACCAUCUCAUGCGACGGCAAGGUCUACCAUGUAAGACCCGGUACCCCAGCAAUCUAGACAAGUCGCACCGGAAACGAAUCACCAACUAUCUAGCUAAAAGCGGCUGGAUCAAGGUUAGCUGAUGGGGGAUUUCCUUGAAAGCCGCUGCAUUAAUUUUUUUUUUUGUUGGUCUUUUGUAUUGUUAACAUCUUUGUAUUGUCAAAUUUACAAACCCCAGAGAUUUGGACGGAUGGAAACUUUUCCAUUGAAAGCAACAAAGGAAAAGAUCAAUUGAAAAGUCAAGUCCAGUGUAAAAAUACCAAAAGCUUUAUUUAUCAGGCCAUGUCUUGUUUGUAUAUAAUUUAGUUCUCAGCUAAACAGGAUGUUUUUGAAAGAGCAAAGAAUGUAGCUUGCCAGAUUUUUACUAGCACAAACUAAGGGUCGUGCUUGACCAGGUUGCUGGUCUUGUACAGGUGUUCUCCCAAGGUGGAGAGAGGUGGGUGUUGCUAGUGGUCAGCAGGUGUUGUAGUCAAGACAAUCCCAAGACCAGAGACAAGACCAGUCACAAGAUCCCUGGCGAGUCACUGGGCGAACAGUGACAGAAAUGCUUUUUUUGUAGCUCAUUUGAAUAGCUUGAGACUUGAAUUCAGACUGGAGGUCUUGCGCCGGGCUUGUCGGGUCUUGCGAUGGUCUUGAGGGGUUCUCAGUUGCAACACUCUCAACUAAGGCCUGCAACACCUCUGAAUGUACUUUGUGAUAUUGGAACUAUUCAAAUUUUGUACAGUACCUAGAAGAAGCGAUGAGGAUCCCCUUGGAUAACGAUGGUACAGUUGGGUGGCAUAGUACUUGCCUGAUAAAGGCCUUGAGUACACAGGAUUAGCAGUGCCAGCAUUUUUGGGUUAUUCUCAAAGAUAACCAUAUUCCCAGGAAGCUGUCCUAAGUGGGUAACACAUAACGGGGUUAUUAUUGAGAAUAUUUAUCAUAAUGCCGAAAUUUGGCAUUUGUGGGAAAACUCUGCGCUUGGUUUUUUUUUUACUUCUUGAGGGUUGCCGAGAUGCUCAGCAACUCAGCGACUGUCCUCAGUGAGGACUCAUUGGUUGGAAGCAGCCCUGUGUGUGCACUCACAUACAUCCGUCUUCAUGGAGAGUAGUGUUUGAUCGAUAGCGUCCCUUGGGAUGACGAGGUCAGCAAACUAAGCUGGGAUCGUAUGGCCUGCCCAUCAAUUUUUUCUCCCAAUAUUUAUUGUGCAGCCUGGCCAGCGUAUAAGGCAAAGGGGCAAUUAUAUUUGUCUCACAUCAUCACAUCUGGUGUCGUUUUUGACACCAAUUGAGCUUAAUAGCCAGUGAAGAUUUGAAAGUAGUUGGUUUGAGAUGCUCGUUGUAGGGACUCUGUUGGGAUUACAUUUAUUUCCAUAUCUUCCUUGGUUUUUCAGACUGAUGGUGAGGAUUUUUCAGCAAAAAUGUAAAAAGUUCUAUUCUGUGUGAUUUUUCAAUUCCUUUAUGCAUUGCCUCAGGCAUUUGCCUCCUUACAUGUACGUGUACUUUGCCAAGAACAUUAAAGCCCUCUUAAAAAAAAUUGGUUUGUCCCCCUCACAGAUAUAAAAGUUCAGUUUUGAAAUAAAUCAGGGUCAUCCGGUUAUUGCACACUUCAAAAGAUUACAUCUUGACAGGGCAAACAUGGAGAAAAACCUCUCUUGUAGUUAUAUGCAGCGCCCUCUUUUGACCAUUCUUCAGAAUUACAUAGCACAUACAGGUGAAGAGGAAAGUAUUCUAUACACUCAGAAAAUACUGGCCGCCAAGUAAGAUGGCAAUGUUACUGGUGACUUGUUCUUACCAUUGUGGGCCAGUAACUUGAUUGUAGGUAUAGGGAGGGAACUAUUUGUUGGGGGGGGGGUAGAAAGCAAACAUCCAAUGAUGGGGUAGGAUUGUCUCCCAUGGGCUGACAGAUGGGUCAGAUGUGAUCCAGACAUUGACCAGAGCAUGGAAGCCAAUUCUGAAGAACUGUCUAAAUUGAGUUUUGCAAAAUACAGACAUUUUUCACAGUCUAACGUAAAGCUUUACCUUCAACAGAAUGAUUCAAGACCUUAAUCUGCUUGCCACAGAAUUGCAGAAAAUAUUACUGCUCCCAAUACUGUUUGAAUUACAAAGAUAGCCAUAUAAAACCUGACAAAAGGGGGAAGAAAUGAUCAUUAGUGGAAAGCAAAUAAUUUUACAACUCCUCUCUCUGUUACACAACUUUAGGACCAAAAAGUCCUCACUUUAAACAACUCCUGUUUACUCUAACUGUGGUCUCCAUGUACAAAUUAUACACUGCAGGAGGCAUAGAUAGUCCUUUUGUAUUGACAAGAGGGUUGGAAUUAAAAACUGAAGUCUUAAUGACUUCUGUACAAUUCAGUAAA